AAACACGUAAUUAACGCCUAGUGAGUAGCGCUAGUUUUCUGACUGAGUAAAAUUAAAAGAUAAAUUCGAUGGUGCGUUACUACAGAUAAAGAGAUUUGGCCAGUGCUGGUGCGCCUGCGGUGCUAACAUAAAUUUCCCCUCGCGUGUAUGCAGCCAGCGUGUCAGUGCGCCCCAUGCGCUCGCACAGUUGAGUCGAACACGCUGUUCCCAAUCCGUGUCAUUAUUUUCACAUGUGCGUCCGUUGGCGAUUCGUGGCACAACCUAGAAACGUUGGCUUCCAGUGCUGCACAUUUAAAUUGGUUAAACUCAAUUGUGCCUGGUGAGCGUGUUCAAGAAAAUGACAUUCAUAACUCGCAAGUCAGGAGUUCACUUGAAGAGACCAGCAAAUUCGCUUCUUGGUGGAUAGCAGCUCCACUUGCAAAAAUGGUUGGCUGCCGAGCUGGGAACUCCUGCCUUUUGGUGCUCUGCCUGUUAACCUCACACAGAUCGUUUGUGGUUGCAAUACCUGAGAGGAGAGAUGAGCUUCUGCGAAGAGAGUACCCGCUUGAAGAGUUCCUAUGGACGGGGUCGGGCGAUGGCCCCGACCACGACGAAGGUCAAAUAUCGUGGGUCACCACCACUGUGUUCAAAACCACCACCAGGUUGGUUGCCACCCCGGUGUCGGCUUCGUUUACCAUAGUCACUGCCACCAACUGUCCUGGAGAAACGGCACCUUGUGUCACCCCCUCUUGGCAAGUGGAGUCUUCCGCUCUGCUGGAGCCUUCCUUCACGGAGUCUCACUUUGAAACGAGCAUGGUGCCUCCCUCGAUUUGGGCUACUCCAGCUAUUUCAAUCGUAGCCACAGCAACUGCCACUUUGUUACCAACGGAUCGACCUCCUGUCUGGCCUGCAGAUUUUGGUACUCCAGACAAGAAAUUUUGGAUCGUGACCGUGGUGGAGGAGGACGAAGUUGUGUCUCCACAAAAGACACCGUUUGAAUCGGGCCUGUCUCGAUUAUACGCGACGGCGUUCAAGAGGCAGCAGGAAAAGCACCUGGGCAUUUUGAACGCCACUUCAGCCCAAAGACUUGAACUACAACGAAAACGGCGUUCGCCCGAGGUUCUGGUGCGGCUUUUAAACGUCACCAAGGAGAACCCAAAGCGAAUCCAACUAGUGUACCUUGUGCAAGUGAAAGGCCAGCCUGUCCUCGCGAGGGCGGCCGUCCACGAUAUGAAGCUGGUCAGCGACGCCGAGGUGGCCAGGGAGCUCGGCAUGAACGUGCUCACGAAAGCUGAACCAUAUCUUAAGGAGAGGGAGGAAGCGAUCUCUCAGGAAAAUCCGGCCGUGACAGCAAGCCCGUGGGUGUUGGCCGCCGUGUCUAUCAGCAUGGUUAGUCUCGUCGGUCUCGUGGCCGUCCUCCUAUACCUGGCGGCCUCUAAGCAGAAGCGGACGAAUCGCCUGGUCGACGGAGCCACUAACAUGUCUUUCGAGCCGGAGGUGCAGAGCUGUGGCUCCGGGGCCAAAAUGUCUGAGAACUGGAGCGUUGAGGCGCUCGAGGGCGGCCACCGUCAGGAAGACAGGAAUAAUCAGUCUGACUCGAGCGUGGCAGCCGCGGUGGCUCGAGGGGUGAGGAAGAAUAAGGCGCCAAGCCCAUCCAGCUCCUAUUUGUCCAUGCCGUCGGUGCGGAAAUUCCCGAGAGGGGAAAUCAGUCCUCAGCCAAUGCCACAGUUAUUGCAGCAAGAUGAUCCCAGGAAAGAUCACCUUAGCAUGAAGAAUCUGGACGUUUACCCCGACGAGUCAGCUUUUGCGCCGCCUGGCGCCUCGCCAAUGUCGGUGGUUCGUCACGGCAGCUUCGACGGAGACCCAGGCGUCAUCGGGCCCUGCGUCUAUCAGAUGGCCCGAGGUGCGGCUUCGUCACGGCGGCGUUUCCAAGAACUCGUGGACGACACCUUCAGCCUCUUUGGCGAGCAGCGUGUCUACCCUGACGAAGAUAGAUCGCGGUCCCCGACGCCUCCUCCUCGGCCGCCAUCGCCAAAGGUGGACAGCAGAGUUCACUCAGCUGCGUAUUUGCGCGUCUCCACCCCAGCCGACUCGCCGCCGGCGCCGCGGCCCCGCACCACAGAGCCGCGUAGACCGUCCCUGAUGCAGCAGCCCCGGCGGAGACCGCUGCUACCGGCCUCGCGGGCCAGCUCGGCGGGGCCCAGGGGCGCCUGGGAGACCCCCUCGGAGCCCGUGUCUAGUGGCGUCCGGCCCCUCAGCGCGGGCCCUUUCCACCGGCCGCUGAAGGAGGCCGCGGGACGGCCGCCGCUGCACCCGCCCACCGUGCGCGCCGACUACAUCCUGGCCGACUCGCAGCUCGGCCGCGACGACCCGGCUGUGCCCCUGAUCAGCGCCAUCAAGAGCGAGCUGAAGAAGUUCCACUCAUGCUCGUCCUGCUCCAUCCCAGGCUCCAUCUCGCCGGUGCCACAAGCCAGGCAGGACGACGGCGGUGACACCAGGUCGCCGGCACAGCUGUCUUUGGACGAUAAGGAUGACGUGCGAGAGGAGAUGCUGGGAACUUUGUAAUUUAUUUGGUGAAGCAAAAUCAUUCCAUGAUUCGCCAAUUAGGAAAAUUCAGAGCAGCCCACAAAUUGAGCCCUGUUCGUAUAAAAUUUCUGGUACUUCCUCUUCGAUUGAAGAUUCAAUAUUGCUUGCGCAAUUUUGGCGUGGAAAGUUUUCAAAAAAAUGUUUGUACCCAGGGCUAGAAUAUUGCGACGCGCAGAUUUUGCGCCGGCUGGGGAUUGAAACGCAGGCAAAUGAAAAUGUAGUUGAAAAGCGUGGUUUCAAAAAAAUUGGUAUAAUUUGCAUUCCACAAGCCGAUCGUAUCAGUAAAAUACACUUUGCGACACUCGCACGAAAAAAGAACUAUAUAGAAAAUUUCAUUUUCCACAGAUUAUAAUGUGUAUUGAAAAGGAAAUACGGUUCAACCCAAUUGUGGUAGAAAACCAAAGAUAACUUUUGAUUAAGAACACAAUUAGAAAAAAUAUUUUUACCGCGAUUGGCUGAGACAAAUUGAUCUCCAGCACAUCAAAUAAUUAUUUGUUUCACCACGUUAUACGCUGAGAAUGCACUGAAGCAGGGUUGUGUAUGAAAUCACAGUGGAAGUACCACUAGAAUUUGUAAAUAAUCAUCUUUUGGCUGCUCCAAACACUAAGGACUUUAAUAAUAAGGGAAUGUGAAAAUAAAAAAAAUUUGAUUACGUAGGAUAUUACCGCUUCUUCAGCUCUUUUCUUAGUUGUUUAAUUUUAAAUUCGCACUUCUUGGAAUUUAAUAUUUAAUUAAAUUAAUUGGUAUUUAAGGAAAAUUAUUUUGUUGCUUUCAGUUUCUAUAUAACAUAAUCCAUUCAUCACUAAAUGAAAGCGCUCUAUGAAUAUUUCAUCAUUCUAGAGCAAGAACAAACUUGAAAAACCAUAUUUUGCAGGAACUUAAUUAGCUAUAACAUGGUAUUAGUUUGAAUUAAACAUUGCUAGGUUUAAGAUAAUCCAAUUUGUAUGUACAUUUUAGUAAAACUAGUUACACAGUUUUAGCUCAGCAAGUGUAAUUUGUCUGGCACAUUUUUUAAUAUGUAUUAACACCCAUGAGUUACAAUUGAAAUAUGUGCUCUUAAUAUGAACGGAUAUAUAUUACCUAUUUAAUGGAUUUGAUUGCCAAAUUUUCUUCAAGCUGACACUGGAAUCAAAAUUUUUGUAAACGUUUACGCCUGUAAAGCAAAACCCUUAUAACUCAGGUUAUUAAACUGUGUCAAAUUUGCCAGACAACUUGUGUUAAUAA